GCUUGGUGGAGGUGCGCUCCGAUUCGAAGAAAGUUCUCGUCAAUCCUGGUCCCACCUUCAAGAUCAAGCAGUCCAUGCCGGGUUUCAAGAUCAUGGGUAUUUUCCUGGCCUCCGACCGGGAGGCCAUCAUGCAGUGCGAUGUUGGCAUGGUCUUCCUAGGCCGGCGUGAACGGAUCUCUAUGGAGGAGGGAGAUGUCGGUCGGGAAGAUGAUGUGGGUGCGCCGGGAAGCAAUGGGAGGGUCAUCAGUGGUCAAGCAGUUCCGUCGUAG